CCUGCGCAUCGCACCACCGUGAUGUUGCUGUCAAAGAGGUUGGAACUGCGGCGACAGUACCAGUGUUAUAUAGCCUAUUAGUCAUCACAGGAGGGAAGAUGUUCUUGAAUUAGGAGGACAUUCAUUCAACAGAUAUUUAAACGUCUGGUUAUACGCAUCAGAAUUGCUUACAGACUCUUUUCGCACGUGCUUGCAGCCUGGCAGCGUCGCCUACCCAUGGCAGAGCAGGACUCAGCGGAGAGUAAACCCCCAGCUGUAGCUGCGCUGCACUCUAAUUUCAUAGUGGGCUCCGUGUCUGAGGAUAACUCUGAGGAUGAGACUGCAGGAAAACUCGAUCUGCAGAUGGAGGACAAUCAGCGAUCUCUUUCACCCUCCUCUGUUAGUUCAGACAGCACUUACGAGAUGGGCUUCGACAGCCUGGAUGGUCCCUUGCACAAUUUGAGGCCUAGUAUGUCAGGACUUCAUCUUGUGAAGCAAGGCAGGGAUCGCAGGCGCAUCGACCUGCAACGAGACUUUACUGUGGCUUCCCCUGCCGAGUUUGUCACCCGCUUUGGUGGCAACAAAGUCAUUGAGAAGGUUCUCAUCGCCAACAAUGGGAUUGCUGCAGUCAAGUGCAUGCGCUCUAUCCGGCGCUGGGCUUAUGAAAUGUUUCGCAACGAACGGGCCAUCCGCUUUGUAGUCAUGGUGACCCCGGAGGACCUCAAGGCCAAUGCAGAGUACAUCAAGAUGGCUGAUCACUAUGUACCAGUGCCUGGAGGGACAAACAACAACAACUAUGCUAAUGUGGAACUCAUCUUGGACAUAGCUAAACGGAUUCCUGUUCAGGCGGUGUGGGCUGGUUGGGGCCAUGCCUCUGAGAACCCCAAACUCCCUGAAUUACUACACAAGAAUGGCAUUGCCUUCAUGGGUCCUCCUAGUCAGGCCAUGUGGGCUCUUGGGGACAAGAUUGCCUCCUCUAUUGUGGCCCAGACUGCUGGCAUCCCGACGCUACCCUGGAGUGGAACAGGACUGACUGUUGAGUGGACAGAGAAUGACCAGAGGAAUAGAAUCAUUAAUGUUCCUCCUGAGCUGUAUGAGCAGGGAUGUAUACAGGACGUGGAGGCUGGAAUGAAGGCAGCUGAGCAGGUGGGAUACCCGGUGAUGGUAAAGGCAUCUGAGGGCGGAGGAGGAAAAGGUAUCCGGAAGGUCAACAGUGUGGAAGACUUCCCCAAUCUGUUUAGACAGGUUCAAGCAGAGGUUCCAGGCUCUCCCAUCUUCGUGAUGCGUUUGGCCAAACAUGCUCGCCACCUGGAAGUGCAGAUCUUGGCUGAUCAGUACGGUAAUGCCAUCUCUCUGUUCGGCCGUGACUGCUCUGUUCAGCGGAGACACCAGAAGAUCAUCGAGGAAGCUCCUGCGACUAUCGCCACCUCUGAUGUCUUUGAGACUAUGGAGAUGUGUGCCGUAAAACUGGCUAAGAUGGUGGGCUAUGUGAGUGCUGGUACGGUAGAAUAUCUCUACAGUCAGGAUGGCAGCUUUUACUUCCUGGAGCUCAAUCCUCGUCUACAAGUGGAACAUCCCUGUACCGAGAUGGUAGCUGAUGUCAAUCUGCCUGCCGCCCAGUUGCAGAUCGCUAUGGGCAUCCCACUUCUCCGCAUCAAAGACAUAAGAGUCAUGUAUGGGAUGCAGCCAUGGGGAGACUCUCCUAUUGACUUUGAGGCACUCUCUACCACCCCCUCUCCACGUGGACACGUCAUUGCAGCUCGAAUUACCAGCGAGAACCCAGAUGAGGGUUUUAAGCCCAGCUCGGGUACCGUUCAAGAGCUCAAUUUCCGCAGCAAUAAGAACGUAUGGGGUUAUUUUAGCGUGGCGGCUGCUGGAGGCCUGCAUGAAUUUGCUGACUCUCAGUUUGGCCACUGCUUCUCCUGGGGAGAGAACCGUGAGGAAGCCAUCUCAAACAUGGUGGUGGCCCUCAAGGAGCUGUCCAUUAGAGGAGACUUCAGGACUACAGUGGAGUAUCUGAUAAAGCUUCUGGAAACGGAGAGCUUUCAACACAACACCAUCGAUACAGGUUGGCUUGACCGGCUCAUCUCAGAGAAGAUGCAGGCCGAGCGUCCUGACACUAUGUUAGGAGUAGUCAGUGGAGCUCUGCAUGUGGCUGAUGUUAACCUCAGGAAUAGUGUGUCCAACUUCCUGCAUUCACUGGAGAGAGGUCAGGUUUUACCUGCACACACGCUGUUGAACACGGUGGAUGUGGAGCUGAUAUAUGAGGGGACCAAAUAUGUCUUGAAGGUGACGAGACAGUCCCCCAACUCUUAUGUGGUCAUCAUGAAUAUCUCUUCAGCUGAGGUGGACGUUCAUCGGCUGAGUGACGGGGGUCUGCUGCUCUCAUAUGAUGGCAGCAGCUAUACCACAUACAUGAAGGAGGAGGUGGACGGGUAUCGCAUCAUUAUCGGUAACAAGACAUGCGUGUUUGAGAAAGAGAAUGACCCAUCACUCCUGCGCUCUCCAUCUGCUGGGAAACUCAUCCAGUACACUGUGGAGGAUGGCGGACACUUGUUUGCUGGACACUGUUAUGCAGAGAUAGAGGUGAUGAAGAUGGUGAUGACCCUAACGGCAUCAGAGUCUGGAUGCAUUCACUAUGUGAAGCGAGCAGGUGCAGUGCUGGAGCCAGGCUGUGUCAUCGGGAAGUUACAGCUGGACGACCCGAGCAGAGUACAGCAGGCAGAGCUGUAUACAGGAACGUUACCUACCGUUCAGUCUGUGGCUUUGAGAGGAGAGAAGCUUCACCGAGUCUUUCAUAGCACUCUGGAUCAUCUGGUGCACAUUAUGAAUGGCUACUGUCUUCCAGAACCUUUCUUCAGUGCCAGGCUGAAGGAAUGGGUGGAGCGUUUGAUGAAGACUCUGAGGGACCCAUCUUUGCCCCUGCUAGAGCUUCAGGACAUCAUGACAAGCGUGUCAGGCCGAAUCCCUCCUGCUGUAGAAAAGGCCAUUAAGAAAGAAAUGGCUCAGUAUGCCAGUAACAUUACCUCUGUCCUCUGCCAGUUUCCCAGCCAGCAGAUCGCCAAUAUCCUGGACAGUCAUGCUGCCACACUAAACAGGAAGUCAGAACGAGAGGUCUUCUUCAUGAACACACAGAGCAUUGUACAGCUGGUUCAGAAGUACCGCAGUGGCAUCAGGGGUCAUAUGAAGGCAGUAGUGAUGGACCUUCUCAGGCAGUACUUAAGAGUGGAAGUUCAGUUUCAACAUGGACACUAUGACAAGUGUGUGUUUGCCCUACGAGAGGAAAACAAAGGAGACAUGGCCAAUGUGCUCAACUACAUCUUCUCUCACGCGCAAGUAACAAAGAAGAAUUGUCUGGUCACCAUGUUGAUUGAUCAGCUGUGCGGCCGAGACCCCACACUGACGGAUGAACUCAUGGCCAUCCUUACAGAGCUCACACAGCUUAGCAAGACCACUAAUGCCAAAGUGGCCCUGCGUGCACGCCAGGUUCUUAUUGCUUCUCACCUUCCUUCAUACGAGUUGCGACACAAUCAAGUGGAAUCCAUCUUCCUGUCAGCCAUCGACAUGUAUGGACAUCAGUUCUGCAUUGAGAACCUGCAGAAAUUGAUCCUUUCAGAGACAUCCAUCUUUGAUGUGCUGCCAAAUUUCUUUUACCAUAGUAAUCAGGUGGUGCGAAUGGCUGCUCUUGAGGUGUAUGUUCGUAGAGCUUACAUUGCUUAUGAACUGAACAGCGUCCAGCACCGUCAGCUGAAAGACAACACCUGUAUCGUUGAGUUCCAGUUUAUGCUGCCCACAUCCCAUCCUAACAGAGGGAACAUCCCCACUCUUAACAGGAGAAUGUCUGUCCCACUACAGGAAUACAAAACUCCAGUUAUCGCAGCAAAUGAUAGCUUCGCCAAAGGGGCAGCGAGUGACUGUGCUGAGAAUGAGGAGAGGAUGUCCUUCUCUUCUAAUCUAAACCACUAUGGCAUGGUCCACGUGUCCAGUGUUAGUGAUGUUCUGCUUGACACCUCAUUCACUCCACCCUGUCAGCGCAUGGGUGCAAUGGUUUCCUUCCGCUCCUUCCAGGAGUUCACCAGGAACAUCAAGGAUGUGUUGAGCUGCUUCUCAGACUCUCCUCCAUCUACUCCAACCUUUCCUGAGGGCGGCAACCCUGUGCUGUAUGGAGAGGACGAUAACAAGAGCAUCCAAGAUGAGCCGAUUCAUAUUCUUAACAUUGCCAUAAAGACUGACAGUGACGUUGAUGACGAUGGACUGGCAGCCAUGUUCCGCGAGUUCACCCAAUCUAAGAAAUCUCUGCUGUUUGAGCAUGGCGUCCGAAGACUUACUUUCCUGGUUGCUCAGAAGGAUUUCAGGAAGCAGGUCAACUGUGAGGUGGACCAAAGGUUCCAUAGAGAAUUCCCCAAAUUUUUCACUUUCCGGGCUCGAGACAAGUUUGAGGAGGAUCGUAUCUACAGGCACUUGGAGCCUGCAUUGGCUUUCCAAUUGGAGCUCAACCGCAUGCGUAACUUUGCACUUACAGCUAUUCCCUGUGCCAACCAUAAAAUGCACCUAUACCUGGGAGCUGCCCGUGUGGAGGUGGGAACUGAGGUCACAGAUUACCGCUUCUUUGUGCGGGCCAUCAUCCGCCACUCUGACUUGGUCACCAAGGAGGCGUCGUUUGAAUACCUGCAUAAUGAGGCAGAACGUUUGCUGCUUGAGGCCAUGGAUGAGCUGGAGGUGGCCUUUAAUAACACCACAGUGCGCACAGACUGCAAUCACAUCUUCCUCAAUUUUGUUCCCACCGUCAUCAUGGACCCUUCUAAGAUCGAGGAAUCUGUGCGUUCCAUGGUCAUGCGUUAUGGCAGUCGUCUGUGGAAGCUUCGUGUGCUCCAAGCCGAGCUGAAGAUCAACAUCCGGCUGACUCCCACUGGAAAACAGAUCCCCAUCCGCCUCUUCCUGACAAAUGAGAGUGGGUACUACCUGGACAUCAGCCUGUACAAGGAGGUCACAGACUCCCGUACAGGACAGGUGGGGCACAAAGAUCGACAGAUUAUGUUCCAGGCAUAUGGAGAUAAGCAGGGUCCUUUGCACGGUAUGCUCAUCAACACCCCCUAUGUCACUAAAGACCUUCUGCAGUCUAAACGCUUCCAGGCCCAGAGCCUUGGCACCACCUACGUCUAUGACUUCCCAGAGAUGUUUCGUCAGGCUUUGAGGAAACUAUGGCAGUCCACGGACGCACACGCCGACUUGCCCAAAUGUCCUCUGCCAUCUGAGCUGCUCACCUUUACAGAGCUGGUUUUGGAUUCUCAGGGUCAGCUGGUACAGAUGAACCGUUUACCUGGAGGAAAUGAGAUUGGCAUGGUUGCAUGGCGGAUGACUCUCAGAACCCCAGAGUACCCGGCCGGUCGUGAGAUUAUUGUGAUCAGCAAUGACAUCACACACAAAAUAGGCUCCUUUGGGCCACAGGAAGACUUUCUGUUCCAGGAGGCUUCCUUGAUGGCAAGAGAAAGUGGCAUCCCACGAAUCUACAUCGCUGCCAACAGUGGAGCCCGCAUCGGCCUGGCAGAAGAAAUCAGACACAUGUUCCAUGUCGCCUGGCAGGACCCAGCAGACCCGUACAAGGGCUUUAAGUAUCUGUACCUCACACCUCAAGACUAUAAGAAGGUAUCUGCUCUGAACUCGGUGCAUUGUGAGCAUGUGGAGGACGAGGGGGAAUCUAGGUAUAAGAUCACUGACAUCAUUGGUAAAGAGGAGGGCUUGGGUGUGGAGAACUUGAGAGGUUCCGGCAUGAUCGCAGGAGAAUCAUCACUAGCAUACGAUAAUAUUAUCACCAUGAACCUGGUGACAUGCAGGGCUAUUGGAAUCGGCGCUUACCUAGUGAGACUCGGUCAGAGAACCAUACAGGUGGAGAACUCGCACAUCAUCCUAACUGGGGCUGGAGCUCUCAAUAAGGUUUUGGGUCGUGAGGUGUAUACCUCCAAUAACCAGCUGGGUGGAGUACAAAUCAUGCACAAUAAUGGCAUCACACACACCACUGUGUGUGAUGACUUUGAGGGAGUGUUUACCUUACUCCAGUGGCUGUCUUACAUGCCAAAGAAUACAUCUAGUCUCGUACCUCUGCUAGCUGCUAAGGAUCCCAUUGACCGGCUGGUGGAGUUUAUUCCCACCAAGGCACCUUAUGACCCACGCUGGAUGCUGGCGGGACGUCCCAGUCAGAGCACUAAGGGUGCAUCCAUGAGUGGAUUCUUUGAUCAUGGAUCUUUUAUGGAGAUCAUGCAGCCAUGGGCACAGAGUGUUAUCGUGGGUCGGGCCAGGUUGGGUGGAAUACCAACUGGAGUUGUUGCAGUAGAAACGCGAUCAGUGGAGUUAUCCAUUCCAGCAGAUCCUGCUAACCUAGAUUCCGAAGCCAAGAUCAUCCAGCAGGCAGGACAGGUGUGGUUCCCUGACUCUGCUUUUAAGACCGCACAGGCCAUUAAAGACUUCAACAGAGAGGGUCUUCCGCUCAUGAUUUUUGCUAACUGGAGGGGCUUCUCCGGCGGGAUGAAAGACAUGUAUGAUCAGGUGCUGAAGUUUGGAGCUUAUAUAGUGGAUGGACUGAGAGAGUACAGACAGCCGGUGUUGGUCUACAUCCCACCACAGGCUGAGCUCAGGGGAGGAUCCUGGGUUGUGAUAGACCCCACCAUUAAUCCGCGCCAUAUGGAAAUGUAUGCAGACAAGGACAGCCGUGGUGGAGUUCUGGAGCCUGAGGGAACAGUGGAAAUUAAGUUUCGUAAGAAAGAUCUGGUGAAGACCAUGAGACGAGUGGACCCGGUGUACAUGGGACUGGCAGAGAAACUGGGCACGCCAGAGUUGAAUGUAAGUGAGCGUAAGGAGCUGGAGGCUAAACUGAAAGAAAGAGAAGAGUUUCUGUUGCCCAUAUAUCAUCAGGUAGCCAUUCAGUUUGCUGACCUCCAUGACACGCCAGGCCGCAUGCAGGAGAAGGGAGUCAUCACUGAUAUCCUGGAGUGGCAGACGUCUCGUCAGUUUUUCUACUGGCGUUUGCGACGGUUACUAUUGGAGGACACAGUGAAGAAGAAAAUCCAGUGUGCUAACAGCGAGCUAACCGACGGACAGGUUCAAGCUAUGUUGCGCCGCUGGUUUGUGGAAGCGGAGGGUGCUGUGAAAGCAUAUAUGUGGGACAGUAAUGAGGAGGUGGUAGAGUGGUUGGAGAGGCAGUUGGCAGAAGAAGAGGGUGCCAGAUCUGUCAUCGAUGAGAAUAUCAAAUAUAUCCGCAGGGACCACAUUCUCAAACAGAUCCGCAGCUUGGUUCAAGCUAAUCCCGAGGUGGCCAUGGACUCCAUUGUUCACAUGACCCAGCACAUCUCCCCAACACAGCGUGCCGAGGUGGUCCGCAUACUGUCCAGCAUGGAUGCCCCCGCCUCCUCAUAGAGCAUCUACACAAUCAUCUCAGAUGUCCGCUUCUAAUGCUAUGACUGGAAACUAGGACCAGAUGAGCCAACAUGGCAGUGCUGUGAUUAACACUGUGGGCUAUGAUUCUGUUGAGGUGUUAUGUCAGAAAUAUACUGCGUUUGUCCUCUAGAAAACAUUUACAGAUAUCAAUGCGCACCUUUAGACACUUUAGUCAAAAAAAAUUUCAUGCAUUUUUUUAUUUAUACUUUUUGGCAAUCUAGUCAAGUGCACUUUGAUAAAUAAGCAAAGACCAAUUGUUAUAGACAUAGAAAAUAAAUACUUGUGGGAUUUUUUUAACACUUAAUAGGCACUGUAGAAGGCAAUUGAGAGUGUUACUGUAUGAGAGUGUUUAGCAGUUUACAGCUUUAAAGUAAAAAAAAUUUAUACUAGACUUAGGCUUUGCAUGAUAAUUUUUCAGCCACACAAACAACAGUGCAGAUGUUGAGAUGUUGGAUGUCUCAUUGUCUUGCACACUGUUUACACUAAAAGUGAGCAAUUUGAGACUCAAACAGAUUGACAGUUUGUUGCAGUGUGAAUGCAGUAUUUCUUUACAUGCAGAUGGUCGAGUGAACCAUAUGACCGCAUCAGCUUGUUGCAUUCUCUUGUGGCUUAAACAACACAUUGAUUUUUAAAAGAAAUGUAUAUCACUGAUAUUGUGCUAUUAUGCUGUUUUUAGCAUAAUUACAUAAUGCUGAGUUGUCAUGACUAAUUUAUUAAACAAUUUAAAAAAACUAGGUGAUUUGCACUUUAGUUAAGACGGUGCAUUAUACUGUAAGAGCAUCUGCACAUUUUUAGCUGAAUUUCAUUGUCACCAUUUGAAUUCUAGAAUGACAUACGAAGUUGUAGUUUGUGUCUUGCAUGGGUGAAUGAGUAAUACAAUUCUCAUGUCAUCAUGGUUGAUGGCUGCAGCCGCUACUGGAAAACCUUGAGAUACCUCUCCAGUGCUAAGCACUAUAGCUUGACUCAGUAAACAUGCCAACAUUGUGAUAUGACAUCUGCUUUAAUCCUCGAUAAGUGUUUCUAAAUGUGUUCCUGAACGCAAUCGGAAGACUGUCUAAAUGGAGAAUUUCCUGUGUCCAAAAAUAAUUGAAUAAAAUAUAUGAUCUA